CAAAAAUUUUUAUCAUUUUGUCACUAUAAUCGAUAUUGUUCUUUCGACUGUUAUAUGCUUCAUUGUAAUCAAUAUGCAAGUUAUUCCUGGAAGACGGAAGGAGACAUUUAUUUAUAUAUAUGAUGAUUAUGUAUACAAUGUAGACUGUCGCUAUGAUAAUAUUUUUCGAUGUAACACACGUCGAACGACGAAAUGUCGAGCAAUCCGAAUGUAGCGCAGUAUUUGAGUUUUCCGUCUAUAAGAUGUAGUAUGCAUCGUGAACGUAUAAAAAGCAGACCACCCAUACCUGAUACAUUGGCAUCAUUACGUAACAUUUUGGAACACUGUGACAUAAUAAAAAAUGUAUAUAAGGGAAGCUUAAUUACAGAUAAUGAAAAAACUGCAAUAAUUUUAUCCAGCAAUUCUUUACUAGAAGCUUUAUCGUCCGCAACUGAAAUCUAUGUCGAUGGAACAUUUUCUGUUCUCCCACGUAUGCCUCAUGUGGCACAACUCUAUUCUGUACAUAUACGAUAUAUGAAUACAGGCAUUGGAACAUUAUUUAUAUUAUGUGAUGUACGUACAACUACUAUGUAUGAUGCUUUAUGGGAGAAAAUUAUACAGAUGGUACCACAACUUAAAGAAAACGUUAAGUUUAUAAUGAGCGAUUUUGAAAUGGCUGCAGUAAAAUCGCUUAGUACAAAAUUUCCCAGAGCAAAGUUAACUGGAUGUUGGUUCCAUUUCAAUCAGGCUGUGUUACGACAAUGGCGAAAACUACGCCUUUCAAAUGCUCCAAAAACUAUACUUUCCAUGACAAUGACAUUGCCUUUGUUACGGUCAGAUAUGUUUCAAGAAGCUAUGUCUAUUAUACAAAUCGAAGCUGAUAUCUUUUCUUGCGAAUAUCCAGAUAUUUUACAAUUUACAUCCUAUUUGAGGCGUACCUGGUCAAAUAUGGCAUCAAGAAUUAGUACCUAUGAUUGUCCUAUACGUACUAAUAACAUAGUAGAAAGUUUUCAUAAUAUUGCGGCACAAAAGCUCGGCACGAGAAAUAUUAAUAUUUGGACGUUUCUAGAAAAAUUAGCAGAUUUGAUUACUGAUCAAGAACUGGAUUUUCGUCGUUUAAGAAAUAAUGUUAGACCUCGAUGAAGCCAUACACGGACAAAUAGAGAACGCGAUAUUAAAAUUAUUAAUGCACAAAGAGAUCUGAUUAAUAAAAGGUUGUCAGUAGAAGAAUUUUUAUUGAUGUUUACUAAAACUAUUAAUAUCGAAGGAAUAGAACAAACAAUGUCAU